CCUAUCUCAUGUAGGCGAGGUCCCCAUCAAGAUCAUCACCAACCUUCUAAGCGCCUUCUGCGAAGCCAACAACAUCCUCCCGGAGGAACAGUGCGGAUUUCGACCAGGGUGAUCCACCGUCGACAUGCUGUUCGUCGUGCGCCGCCUCCAGGAGCUGGGGCGGAGAAAGAAAAUACCGCUCUACAUGUGCUUCGUCGACUUAAACAAGGCCUAUGAUUCGGUGGACCGAGAGAUGCUAUGGAAGGUGCUGGCCAGUGCCGGGAUUCCCGCGAAGCUGAUCGAAGUCAUCCGCCAAUUCCACGAUGGAAUGCAGGCCCGGGUGCGCAUGGACGACGGAGAACUAUCGGACUGGUUCUUCGUGACACACGGCGUGCGACAAGGAUGUGUGCUAUCCCCACUGCUGUUCAACAUCUUCUUCGCCGAGGUCCUCGAGGUCGUUGUCAUCCGAUUCAGCGAGGAUGAUGUUGUUCUGCGGAGCCUGGUGUGCUUGGAGGAGGGGAAGACGGAAGCGGGGGGGGGGGAGGAGACACCCCUUGACCGAGUACGGAGGGCAGUAUGGGGGAUGCUGUAUGCCGAUGAUGCCGGCGUCGUAUCGAGGUCUGCAGAAGGACUGGCGAGAAUGAUGACCAUCAUCGUUGAGGUGUUCGGGGAGUUCGGGCUAACGGUGUCGGAGAAGAAGACGGAGACGCUCCUGAUGCGCGCAAAGGACAAGCCGACUACAACAUCACAGCCCGCCCCGCCUCAACCACUGACCAUCGAANUUGUUAUCCGAUUCAGCGAGGAUGAUGUUGUUCUGCGGAGCCUGGUGUGCUUGGAGGAGGGGAAGACGGAAGCGGGGGGGGGGGAGGAGACACCCCUUGACCGAGUACGGAGGGCAGUAUGGGGGAUGCUGUAUGCCGAUGAUGCCGGCGUCGUAUCGAGGUCUGCAGAAGGACUGGCGAGAAUGAUGACCAUCAUCGUUGAGGUGUUCGGGGAGUUCGGGCUAACGGUGUCGGAGAAGAAGACGGAGACGCUCCUGAUGCGCGCAAAGGACAAGCCGACUACAACAUCACAGCCCGCCCCGCCUCCACCACUGACCAUCGAAGCCGCGGGACAGAAAUACGCCCAGACGACCGAGUUCCGGUACCUCGGUGGCCUCGUCAACGAACAUGGCGACCUCACCCGGGAGAUCAACUACAGGAGCAGAGGAGCGUGGGCGUGCCUCAGGCGAUAUGGCCGGGAGCUCUUCGACAGACCGCAAGCGCCAUUCCGACUCAAGAUCCGCCUGCUCCAGGCGGAGGCGAUGGAGGCACUGCUGUACGGUUGAAUGACAUGGUCACCACUCAG